AUGACUAUAUACGAACGGCUUAAUGCUGCAACGUUUCUUGAGUGCACCACGAUCAGGCCAUUCUUUUACCAGCAGGCUAAUUUCAAGUGCUUCUAUUGCACAGAAGUUUUCCCAGAAAUUAAUUCAGUUCUCAAUCACACCAGCUUCCAUUCUGUGCCCGAGAGGUCGACUCUAUUGAAACAACACUUAAGAAAAGGCAAAAGGGUUAUAAAGGUAGACAUAUCCAAUUUAAGAUGUCGACUGUGUGAACAAAAGCACUUGGAUCUGGACGAUAUCAGAAAACAUUUAGCUUCAGUCCAUAAAAAAGAUUUCAAUUCUGCUGGUAAUGGUCUUAUGGCUUAUAAUUUAAAUUUAUCGAACGGUCUUCUUUCGUGCCAUAAAUGUGGAAAGACCUUCAACUCAUUUUUCCUCCUCAACCGACACAUGAACGUACAUUUCAGUGUUGUGUGCGAAACUUGUGGAUUAGGUUUUAUAUCACACCAACGUCUGAUAAACCACAGGAUAGUCCAUCAAAACGGCGUUCACAAGUGCGACAAAUGCCAAGAGGUUUUCCCUACAAAACUGAAGCUCAGGUAUCAUAUAUUCAAAAAGCACGAAGUAAAUGCGAAACGCACAAAACCUCUGAAAUGUCCGCACUGUUUAGAAAGGUUUGCUGAACAUUAUAGGAAAAUGACGCAUUUAAAAGAGGUUCACGGGAUCACAUUCACGUUCGAGUGUCAAGUGUGCAAAUCGGUGUUCCCAACAAGAAGGGCUCUAACUGAGCACACAACAAAACAGCACACACAGAAAAUACAAUGCAAAGUAUGCGGUAAAUGUUUCGGUACUAAAUCACUAUUAAAGAUGCACAUGCGAGGGCACACGGGAGAGAGAAAUUUUUUUUGCAGCAUAUGUCAGAAAGCUUAUAUGCACGAGCGGACGUUAAGGCAACAUAUGCGGGUCCACGGACCAGUUUGGAAAUUUACUUGUUCUGAAUGUGGUAAUGGCUUCCACAAUCGCAACGAUUAUAACAAACAUAUAAAACAAUGGCACCCACAGUGGCAGUUCAGAACUAUCGUGAAGAAUUUUGGUACAGAAACUGUUAUGUGA